AUGCCGGACAAGUCGAUACAAACACCAGCUAGUCAAGGAAUUGAAGAAGAUCUUUCUAAACUCCAUAUUGCCCCUUCACGAACCAGUAACAGUCCUAACAGCACCGGUUUUGAUAGUGCGAAUUCAAGCCAUAACACUCACAAUCAGUCCAAUACUAAUGCCCGCAGUAAUACUCAACAAAAGACCGAUAGUGAUAGUGAUAGUGACGACAUGAACAACAAUAAUAGUGAUGAUUUUGUCCCAGUUGGUUUUGAUUAUGAUGGAUUUAAUAGUAUGGCCGAAGGUAUUCUACACCUAGAGAAGCCUAAGAGCAAAACCGAAACCAAAAUCGAUUCACUUUCUUACGAAAUGCUUCUCUUACGCAUUGAGAAGUAUCUUAAACCCUCUGAUCGUGAAGCCGAGCGUAAAACCAAAAUUCCAAUCUCCAUUAAGAGAGAUGGAGCUACUAAGACUUCCUUAAACAUAGCCGAAAUCUGCCAAGUCCUCGGUUGUGAAGUCGCACAUAUGAAACAGUUUAUUGAAGUAGAAUUAUCUGUCAACUGUUCUAUCGAUGGAGACAACCGACUAAUCCUCAAAGGUAUUUUCCCAGAAGCCCAACUCCAAAAGAUCAUCCGUUCUUACAUCAAACAGUACAUUUCCUGUGGUGUUUGUGGCUCUCUCCAUACAGAACUCAAAAGAGAAGACAAACUUCUCUUCAAGCACUGUCUUACCUGCAAUGCCACCCAAUCAGUCAAUAGUAUCCAGCAAGGCUACAAAGCCAUCACCACCAAGCGUUCAGUCCUCCGCCGCAAAGCAGAAGUCUAA